AUGGCUGUUGAACUAGUCAGCUUGGGCGUUGGGUGUGUCGGCCUAGCCAGUCUGAUCACCGUUUGCCACGAUGUACACAAGAUCCUCGAAAAAGACGAGUCUCUAGAGACCGACUUGGCCACUGUGGCCAUAAUUCUCGAGCAAGAUCACUUGCGGCUUGCGGUUUGGGGUGCCAAAAACGCCAUUUCGUUCUACGACAGCAAAGAAACAUGGUGCUUGCGGCAUGCCAACCAACAACAAAAAUAUGUCGCAACGCAAUCUCUUUCCCAGCUGAAUCAUUUACAACAGGGGGUUGAUAUGCUCAAGGAUCGAUAUGGCAUGCGAGGGAUUUCACCCAUGCAAAUUGGUCCCAUAAGCUUGGGAUUGGGUACCCGGAAGAGAUUGAAAUUGGUGACACUCGAUGCCAAACGUCUUCGGAGUUUGGUUGAUGAUACUCAUAGGAUAACUGAGGGUCUCGUUCAGAUCGAUCUCUUCGAAGGUCGGCGUCGUGGAUGGCGGACUUUGGCAAGGUUGGGCGGUAUGGUUCGCCGAGGCCAAAGUCUUUGA